AUAUUAUAAUGUAAUGUUAAUAUUGGUAAGUGUUUAAUAUAUAUAAUUUUGUUUAGCCAUGAAUGAUGGCCCAUAACAAGCCUCAAUAUUCAGUUGUGGUGACUAGAGGCUCGUUUUAUGUAUAUCUUUCCAACAGUUUUAGCCUAACUAUGGUAUUUACAGCAAGAAGUAACCAAUUAUCUGAAUAUCUUUCAUAUGAUAUCUUGGACGAAAAGUUCAUAAGACUAUUUCAACCGUACCGUGUUGUCCAAAAAAUACUUGGAUCAUGUCGUGUGGACAUUAAAUACCGGUUUGUCACCCCGCCAACGUUGCUCCAAAAGUUGUACACUAUCACCUGCAUUACUAUGACAAUUAUUUCCACUAACAAUGUCCAACAAAUAUAUUCAACGAUAUUUUAUUCCGAACACGAAAUGACAAGCUUAUGGACAAGUGGAAUCUGUGGACUACUCGGCGUAUUUUCGCUUAGCAUUCUACAUGCUAGAUUUUUCAAUAACGAGCGUAAUGUGCAAUUAUACAUUAAAAUGCAAGAAAUUGACCGUAUUAUGAAACUUGGUAAAAAUGAACAAAUAUACCACCAACACUAUAAAUACAAUCGUGCAGUAGUGUUCGCUCAAGUAGCGGUUACCUUUGUCUCAGUCGUGUUGGGAGCUUUUCUUGUAAAAGAUAAGUUUGGAAUAAUGGAACUCAUUGCAACAUUCUGGGCUAUGGAAACCCUAAUAUUUGAAAUAAGCUGCUGCGCUAGUUACAUGAUAUAUUUCACCACCCGGCUCCAGUUGAUAAAUUACACAAUUACUGUUCAUUUUAAAUAUAUAAAUUAUACCACGCAAGUUUUUUGUGAAAAAUACGAAUCUAAUAUGGUAGACCGUUGUCUAGACGAACUUUUUGAUGGUAUUCAUGCAUUUAAAAAUCAGUACCAAUUUCAGGUAAGCUCUACAACGAUAAUCCACUUUCAGAGCAUGAGAAAUGAAAAUUCUUUUGUAUGGGGUAUGUGGGACCUUUAUUACAUAACCCAUAUAAACUUUCAUUUACGUCGUGUUUGUUGUGUGUGUUUUCAGCGAAUUCUCAGCCUGGAUUUACUGCAUAUUGCCGUAAUAGCUCUCGUAAAGGCAAUUGUUCUAGUGGGUCUAUGUAUACAGAGCGAGUUAUUUGUUCGAGAAGGUGAUAAAACAAAGAAGCUGACGAUAUCCGUUUUGUCGCGCCACAUUGACGGUCCUUUCAGAACAAAAGCCAAGAAAAUGCUGAAGUUGAUAGAGGAGUCGCCCCCGUGCUUCUCGGUGUACGAGAUGUGGCGUGUUGACGCGAAACUCCUGCUCAACUUAUUCAAUAUCAUCUCCACCAUAUUAGUCAUUCUUCUGCAAUUUGCUUUCCUGUAAAUAUUUAUAAUAGUUUGCGUUUCAACUUGCGUGUACGUAGGUACUAUAUUAAAUAGGUACGUAGCUUAAUAUAAUGAAUCAUGUAGGUUGAUUUGAAAAGGUUGAUGUUUAAAAAAUACUAGCGUAGUAGGUAAGGUAAAUUAUAUCUACGCGAUAAGGCCGAUACCCGACGAACCCGACGUGAAAUAAAACAUCCUAUAUCUACAUAUGUUAAUUAUGUUAUAUUAUAGCCUGUCCAUUUUUAAUGACCUUAUGAGAGAUGUUUCGAAUAAUUAUUAGUAAUUAUUUAGUAAAUUCGUACCAAGGAGACGAGCCGGGAUUAGAAUCCGCGAUCUCCAGAUAGCUAGUCGCACACCCUAACCGAUAGGCCACCAGCGCUUCUUGUCAACUUGCUACAUACGAAACUAAAAAUGUUUCAUAUUCAGGCGCCUCGUCAUUAGUACUUCCUCUCGACUCUUGCCUUUCCUCAUAUACAGAUUCACUACUUGAAACAGAUUGUUUUAAUUAUUUUUUUCAGUGAUAUUUCCUUUUUGCCCAGCAGUGGGACACACAAAUAGGCUAAUAAAAAAUAAAAAUAAAAUCCUUUUUAUCUUUUUUCUGGCGGAGGAGGUAUGUCGUCCAAUUGAUCGGGCUUACUAUAUCAGCUAUUUUAAUUAGAUUCUAAAUACGUAAAUAUUUCUUCCCUCUCGAUACUUUGUCUAACGCCUUUAAUACGACAUUUUGGCAAUGUUUAGAAGAUCUUGGAGGCAUGUUUUCUUUGAAAAGUACCUGUAACCAAUGUAUGACUAUAGUUAUGACCGAGUGAACGAAACAUCCAUAAGUAACUGUCAUUCACUCGACCUCCAUAUUAAAACAGUGUAGGACAUUCGUGUUAGACACUACCUAGCUACUCACAUGUCAUGAUCGACAGAAUAUUAAUUUGUACAGAGUAAAUUAAAUUCAUGUCUAUUAUCUAUUUUAUUAAAUUGUACAAUAAC